UGCCUUAUGUACCUCAGUCCUGGCACAGAGGUGGUCGCAAACAGCACCCAGGCAAAUAAGGCAGGGAGAAAACCUUUCCUGCUGCUUGUCACAGCUCCCCACCUCCUCCAAAAGAAGGAACAUGGUGCAUGUAACAACCCUCUGGCUGAACAAUGCCUGCACCCCAAGCCAAAGAGCUGAUAGGUCCCUGUACCAGCACCACCUGCCAUAACUCAACCCCCAUUGCAAACUGAGAGGGAUCGUAGACCUUGCUGCUUCAGAGUACAAGGUGAAAUUGCCUGGUGUGAGGCAGGGAGAAAUCUCUAUUGAAAUACGUCUUCUGUAUGCUCCUGUUUGGGAUCUUGGCGCGUACCUCUGAAGCAGCGUCAGCAUCUGCGACUGGGGCCUGGCCAUGCCAGGUGCUGCACAGACACACCCUGUCCGAGAUGGGGCCCCAUUGUGCUGUGCUGCUCCCAAACCCAAACCAAUCCCUGACCCCAAAACCUGAGUAAUAAAACUCGCCCUGUCCCCUCCCGCAGGCUUUUCAGGCUCCACCCCGGAUUUAAUCUGCCGGAUCGAGCUCGGGGAGUCAGAGCUCUGGAUCCAGGAUGCCGAGAAUUUUAAGGAAAGUUCCUGGCCGGAGGGAGAGUCUUCAGCAGCGCCUGGAGUCCCAGGAGGAACAAGGACACCGUCGGACUGUGGGGAGAGCGUGGCAGGAAAGCAGGGUCCCACAUUCCAGAGCCCUGCACAGGACACAGUCCGUCCCCAGGGUAAACUCAGACAGAGCCCGGAGCUGGCUACACACCCAAGGCUCCCCAUGGGGCAGUAUCACCACCACUGCCUUGACUGCGGCAAGAGCUUCGGUGACACGGCCGCCCUGACCCAGCACUGGCAAACGCACGCUGAGGAGCAGCCCUACCAGUGCGCCGACUGCGGCAGGGGCUUUAGACAGAGCUCCAAGCUGAGGCGGCACCAGCGCACGCACACCGGGGAGCGGCCCUACCGCUGCGCCGACUGCGGGCGGGGCUUUGCCCACAGCUCCAGCCUGAGGAGACACCGGCGCACGCACACCGGGGAGCGGCCGCACAGCCGGGAGACGUUGCAUGGAUUGCGGCAAGAGCUUUGCACGGAGCUCGCACCUCGGGAGACACCAGCAGCGUACCUCUCCGGCCUGAGAACGCACCAGCGCGUGCACACGGAGGAGUGGCCGUACAGCUGUCACGACUGCGGCAAGAGCUUCAGCAGGGCCAGCGCGCUGAGCAGGCACCAGCGCACGCACACCGGGGAGCGGCCCUUCCAGUGCAUGGAUUGCGGCAAGAGCUUUGCACGGAGCUCGCACCUCGGGAGACACCAGCACAUGCACAGCAGGGAGCAGCCGUACCGCUGUGCCGAGUGUGGCAAGCUCUUUUUGCAGUUGGCCAGCCUCACCCGACACCAGGGCACCCACACCAACGCCUCUCUGCCACUGCCAGGGCUUGAGGGGCUUCUGGCGGCCGGGGGGCCCGGCACAGCACCCACAGAUGCAGGUCAGGAGCUGCUUGGGGGGAGGGAUAGCUCAGUGGUUUGAGCAUUGGCCUGCUAAAUCCAGGGUUGUGAGUUCAAUCCUUGUGGAGGCCACUUAGGGAUUUGGGGCAAAAGUUUGUCAGGGAUGGUACUUGGUCUUGCUGUGGAGGCAGGGGACUGGACUCGAUGACCUUCAAGGUCCCUUCCAGUUCUAGGAGAUAGGCAAUCUCCAUUAAUUUGUUUCUGUCUCCGUGAUGCCCAGGAGAGACUGUGGGGCAGGGAAGGAGACUCUACUGAGCAGGGUGUGGAAGAGCAGGCAGUUAGGAGUUGCCCAGGCUGUCUGUUCGAAAGAGGAAAAAUAUUAACUGUGUAACAAAGGUCUGUCCAACCGGAUGUUUCUUUGCCCUUAAAGAAGCUGAUGGCUUCAGACAGCUAGUGUGAAGUGUAAAUCUUUCAAGUGAACCAACCAAAAUGUUCUAAGGUAGCAGUGGGCUGGCUUGUGUGUGGGAUGCAUGAGUGGGUCUCCUUCAUCUCAGUGGACUGCAAGAUUGAAAUCAGUCCUGUGCGCUUACCAUGACCCCGAGAAUAAGAUCAAACACGUUCAUACGUGGCAUGCUAAAUAUUUCGAAACAAGGAGAAAUGCUUCAGCCAUUCAUAUUUUAACAGAACUGUCAUCGACUCUGAAUAAUAAAGAAACAUUUAUGCUAUCCUAUCCCAGCUGAUUCGCAGCAUUCAAGCUGUGGGAGGGAGUAGGGGAAGCGGGGAUGGGGUGCUCCGGAUGCGCUCGGAGGGAGAGGGAGGCAUUACUCCUGGAGGAAUUCUGUACUUAAAAAUGGUCUGACGAAGUAUUUUAAAAUCUGGCGUAAGAACAGCAGUGUACUCGCGAUCGCUGCAAUUAUUUUGGUGAUUUAUUUCAAAAUACUUGUCGGCAAACGUCUGUAACAAUAGAGAGGAACGAAAAAGAUUCCGGAAGCAUUUUUGAGCAAUAGAUGCAACCAGAAUCCAGCUUAAAAUGUUGGAAGAAUAGAGAAAAUCACUGCCAGCAGGGAAUCCAUCUCCUCUAGACAACAAAAUGGGGAAGGGAUUUGCCCUGCUUACAAAGAUACUGAAGACAAAAAGGAAUUUCCGUCUGCUUUUUCAGCAUCUGUGUGAAAUUCACCAUGUCCCAGAGGAACAGUGUAUGUCCCAGUUUGACUGGGAAAACCAGGGGAGCGUUUAAUGAAAUGGAUAUGGAUGAAGCUUGGAAUGGUGUAAAAUAUAAAGAUAUUGUAUUAAAAUGCUUCAAGGUCUCCUCUGAAAUGUA